GCUGUGAGCUGACUGCCAGUACCAAAUCCUACACGUUUCAGGUGGAUGAGGAAGAUGACUCUGACCACAUUUUGGCCCUGUCUGUGGUCUGCCUUACGGAUGGUGCCAAGGACGAGUGCAACGUGGUGGAGGUGGUUGGACGAAACCAUGAGAACCAGGAGAUUGCUGUGCCUGUGGCGAAUCUGAAGUUGUCAUGCCAGCCCUUGCUGAGUCUGGACAACUUCAAGCUGCAGCCUCCAGUGACCUUCCGCCUGGCAGCGGGCUCUGGCCCAGUACACCUUGCUGGCUGGCACAGGAUCAUGCACAGGGAAGAUACUUCAUUUGAGGAGGCUGAUGACUUGUCUGAGGAGGGAGAGGAGGAGCUUGCUCCUAUCAUGCCAGCCAAGAAGUAGUGAAGGAAGCAGUAAUGUAUCUCUAGGUAAGGUACUCACUGGGACAUCUCUUCCCGGAUGGCUUUUACCUCAGACACCUCUUGCCAGGACCUCAACGUUUGCUGCUUUUUUUUAAUUUUAAUUUUCUGUUGUAACUUUUAGGGGAGCAGAGGCUGCUCCCAGCACUGGGGUGUCUCCUUUCCCACAGCCCGGGGAGGUCGAUCCCAAAACUGGAUGAAUGCUGCUGGUAUGUCACCUCUCCCCCAUCCCUGUGCCAGGGGUUGGGAGUGGAGGAGGUGAUCCUUGCCCUGUGCCUUUUUGCUGUCCUGGACCUCUGCUUUGCACACCCUCUCCCUGCCUCUGAAAUACCCAUUCCUGGCUCCUUCCCCAGCAGACGGAUGUAAAGCCAGCAGUGGGAUGGGUGAUUUCACUGAUUGUAGUGUGUUUGCUUUUCUUUACUCACAAUUUGAUGGGUUUUGUACA